AUGGAAAACCAAAAAUACUGUCCUCCGCCCGGCUUCUCGCUUCCACCACCGACCAAUUUGGGACCUUUGCCUCAAAUCUCCGAUUUUGAAGCCACCCUCAGAUCGUACCUAUGGUUCAACAAAACUACAGUCGCCAUCAAAGCCUCGGUCGGAGGAAACUUCGUCUACCAAUAUGCGCACCACGCUGGGAGGGAGGGCACUGGAAAUCUGUACGACACCAAGAUCCGGAUAGCGAGCGUGACGAAGGUUUUCACUGUGCUCGCAGUAUUGCUUUCGAGGGACCAAAUCGGAUGGGAAGACCCCAUCACGAAGUUCGUACCGGGCUUAAAAGCAAAACCAUAUGCCGAGGUGACCAUUGGCGCGCUGGCAGGACAAACCAGUGGAUUGGGUAGAUUCGGCUACGUGGGCGACCUUGCGCUCAUCCCAGGAUUCUCCCCUGCACAAAUCGGCCUACCAAAUGUCACUCACAAACUCCCCGGCUGCGACGUUUAUCCCGGAGGCAGGGUUGGUUCCAGAUCCGAAGUGCUCGACAUGUUCAACGACGCAGCGUACCUUCCCACAUCACUGAAUUCUGGACCGCUCUACUCCAACAUCGCAUUCAACCUCCUCGGCAUGGCGCUCGAGCACGUCCACUCGAAGUGCUUCGAGCAGGUCAUCCAAGACCUCAUCUUCGACCCGAUCGGUAUGAAGAACUCCUCUUUCGCAACGCCAACUAAAGCCGAGGGCAUCCUUCCUCAACCUGGAGAAAGAUGGUUCGCCGCGCCCUUCGCCAACUUCAAUCCCUCAGGCGGCAUCUGGAGCACACCCAACGACAUGCUCUCCUUCCUCGAGGCGCUCCAAUCCCACAAACUGCUCUCCGCAGCUCAGACGCGUAAAUGGCUUCAACCGUCGUCGCUGCUGCCGUCUCUCUACCAGCUUGUCGGUGCACCGUGGGAGAUCUUCCGCCCGACAGAUAUCGAUGUGACGGUCCCUCGUCCGAUAGACUUGUACACGAAAGCUGGGGGCGUCGCGGGAUAUUCAUGCUAUGCGGUGCUCGUCCCGGAGUAUAACAUUACGUUGACGAUUCAUGCAGCUGGGGACGAAGCCACACGCGCGGUGCAGGAUUUACUGCCUUUGGUGGCGAAGCCGCUGAUUGCGCAUGCGGAUGGAGAAGUGCGCGCGCAGGCGGGCCGGAAGUAUGCAGGUACAUACAUUUCGCGCAAUGGUGAGAAACGCAUGACCUUGGUGGUUGACGAUGGGCCUGGUCUGCGGGUAGAGUCGCCCGUCAUGAAUGGUGUUGCUAUUCUACCGACUUUGGCGAGAAUGCAAGGCUUGGAUACGGAGGGGGCGAGCGCGAGGUUGUAUCCCGCGAACGUAGGCUCGGAAUCGAGUGAGAAGGAGUCUUGGACCAUGAUGCUGGAUAGAGUGAAGGAGGGUCCGGCACGAGGGUUCGCAGAGCAGGAAUGCGGGAGCUGGAAUUGGGGUGAUGCGGCGAGGUAUGCAGGGCACCCGUUGGACAGGGUAGUGUUUCACGUGCGGGAGGGAAGAGCUUCUGGGCUUGAAAUGGUGGCAUGGGGGACAGCGUCCGACGACAUUCUGCAUAAGGUCUGA